AUAAUGGUACUUGACAACAGAACCAGUCUUCAACCUGUUAGCUUCCUACUGAUAGGCAUUCCAGGACUGGAGGCUGCCCAUAUAUGGAUUUCUAUCCCUUUCUUCCUGGUCUACCUGCUAUCACUGAUAGGAAAUUUUGCCCUUUUACUAAUUAUCAAGACUGACCGCACACUACAUGAACCCAUGUACCUGUUUUUAUGCAUGCUUUCAGCAGCGGAUUUGAUGCUCACUUCUUCUACACUUCCAAAGAUACUCAGCCUCUUCUGGUUCAACAACAAAGAGAUCUACUUUGAAGCCUGCCUCACUCAAAUGUAUCUCAUCCAUUCUCUUUCUACCAUGGAAUCUGGAUUUAUCUUGGCUAUGGCUUUUGACCGCUACAUUGCUAUUUGUCACCCACUAAGACAUUCCACUAUCCUAACACCUACAGUGAUUGUUGGUUUGGGUUUGGUCAUUGUUUUCAGAGGCACUAUCCUACUAAGCCCACAUCCAUUCCUACUAAGGUGGCUAUCCUACUGCAGAACUAAUGUCAUCCCCCAUACCUAUUGUGAGUUUAUGGCUUUGAUAAAGCUGGUGUGCUCUGAGACCAAGAUUCGUAAAGCUUAUAGCCUGAUCGUGGCUUUCCUGACAGGGGGGUUGGACUUCAUAUUGAUCAUCUGUUCCUAUGUCCUUAUUCUCCUCACUGUCUUUAACCUCCCAUCCAAAGCUGCCCGCCUCAAGAGUUUAAGUACUUGUGUUUCCCAUGUGUGGGUUAUCUUGAUAUUUUAUACGCCUGCCUUUUUCUCUUUUCUAACUCAUCGAUUUGGACACCACAUCGCUCCACAUGUCCACAUCUUUAUCGCCAACAUAUAUCUUCUUAUUCCACCUAUGAUGAAUCCUAUUAUUUAUGGUGUUAAAACCAAACGAAUCAGGGAGGGAUUUCUUAAAUUAUUAACAAUAAAGUGUGUUUGA